UUGUUUCCCAUUUUUGGCUCCAAGAUUUACCCUCCAAUUGAACAACCGCCUCUUCCUUUUAUUUUCCCGCUGCUUGUCUCUGAAAGAUGCGGUCACCAGACAAGGGGUGCGAAUUGCUGGCAUUGUGCCAGGAUAAUAAAAAAACUCAGCAGUUCCAUUACUAUCGUCUAUUUUAGAAUUCGGUACGAUUCUUUACGUGGAGGAUUUCAGAACUUUAAAAAUAUUUGUGGAGUUGACAUGCUCAAGAUUACAAAUCUAUUGAUCGUUAAAAGCAUUUUAAAUGGUUUUAAGAUUCGGUUAUCUGUAAGGAACGAUCAUCAUUAAUGAUUUAAAGGGAGUCAGAAUGCUAAAUUUUCACCUGUAUCCGCUUAUUCAAUUCUGAUUCUAAUUGAGUCGUUAAUUUAGUGUAUAUAGUCCAUCGGUGUGCUGGUUCGGAAUCAAGUUGAGCAAUGGAGCGGAAGCCGCAAUUUGUUCGUGAACUGUAACUUUACAACAUGAGCUAAGUAUGUAGACAUGGACACAAAAGAAGAUGGUAAAUCUAUUGAUGAUCAGGGCUCGUCGCCUAUCAUGGCCCUACAGCAGUUGUCUGAGGUGGCUAUCGGAGUUGGUGGAGAAGCAUUUCAUCGUGAGAAGACUGCCGUUUCACCCAAGGUGCCUCCUGGACAUAGACGCUGUCAAAGUGAAGUUGUAACUGCAGGACUUCAAAGGAGUGACAGCUACGAAAAGUUGAAGAAUCAUGUGCAGAGGGCUUGGCGGGGAGGAGGCAAAUCCCCCGAAGAAGGUUCUCCUUUGACUUUUAACCCUGAGGUCUUAGCGAACCAAAAGCGUCAGUGGUAUCAGCUUAAUUCCAAAACCCUGGAUUGUGCAAAUCAUAAGGAGCCAACCUCAUUGUUCGAACAUUUUGUGAUUGUGGGGCUGCAUCCAGAUGCAAAUCUGGAAGCUGUGGAGGUUGAAUUUGCAAAUAGGAAAAAGUGGGAAAAAGAGGGAAAAUAUGCGCCUGUAGAGUUCCAAAUGAUGCAGCAACAGGAGUCUCCAGUACCAGUGUUGGAACCUCAGAUUCUUUUCAAAUAUCCUCCUGGGAAGAAGCUGAGCAUGCGCAUGAAAGAUUUAGCCUCUUUUUGCUUUCCUGGAGGUGUCAAGGCAUCAUUGGUGGAGAGGACUCCAUCUCUAAGUGAACUGAAUGAACUUGUGUAUGGGCAGAUUCAUUUAGGCAGAGAUGAUUUAUCAUUUAUCUUUUCACUCAAGGCAGCACAAAAUGCAACUCUCUACGGGGUCUGUUUACAUGUGCCUGAAAUCUUACAACGGCCACCUAGUAUCUUAGGCAUAUCGUCUCCUCUUACUCUUCCCUCUGGGGCAUGCAGCCGUUUUAUGGUUUCUGCUCCUCGUUGUUUCUGUCUGCUGACUAGAGUUCCUUUCUUUGAGUUGCAUUAUGAAAUGUUAAACAGUCUUGCUGCACAGGAACGUCUGAAUCGGAUUACUCAGUUUGUAAAUGAAAUGACUCUUACUGGUUCUUUUCUCCCGCCUAAACUAGAUGAUCAAACAAAUGAAAAUGAUGACACCCUAGAGAGGGGGUCUUUUAAUGAUUGGAUGGCGUGUGCAAUACCUGUUGAAGAUGCAGCAGCCCUUGCUGCUGCCGCUGCAGGAAUUAUAUCUGAUGAUGAUAUCUCAACCAAAUUAUGGGAUCCCGAGUCCCCAGGAAGUAUGACCGCCAGUGAUGCUUCUGAUUUUAGCCAGGUGAGGGAUGUAGAUAAGGAUGGAAAGAAGAGUCAUGAUUGUUCUUCAGAGGUACCACAAACCCAUCCAAAUUCUUUGGAAAGGAUAUCUGGAAACUAUGAAGAUGGUCAAGCUUCUCCAAAGGUUGUAACACCACAUUCUUCUGGGAGUCGUGCCUUUAAGCAUCUUGGGAGUUCUCAGUCACCUUUCAGGAGUCCGGUCAUAAGCAUGGAAUCAGAAGAUGAGGACGACCUUUUUGCAAAUAAUGAUGAUGGAGAUGAAUUUUUAAUGGAAUGGGCUAGGGAAAAUAAGAAUGAUUUACUACUGAUAGUGUGUCGAUAUCAUGCUCUCCCUCUUCCACGCCGGGGAAGUGAAAUUAUUUUCCACCCUCUAGAACAUCUGCAGCCUAUUUUGUAUAGAAGGCCUCCAGUUGUUGCUCUUGGCUUUCUUGAAAAUUGUUUAAAUUGUUUUGAACCUUCUAAGGUAAAUGCAAAGUUGGCUGCUGCUGAGGAAGCUCUUGCACUUUCUAUUUGGACAAUUGUGACUAUUUGUAGAGUUCUGUCCCUUGAAAAUCUGUUGGCAUUAAUUGCAGGAGUGUUGUUGGAAAAACAGGUGUUAGUAGUGUGUCCAAAUCUGGGUGUUCUAUCUGCUGUAGUGCUCUGUGUUAUUCCCAUGAUUCGUCCGUUUCAGUGGCAGAGUUUGUUUCUCCCUGUUCUACCCCAGAGAAUGUUUGAUUUUCUUGAUGCACCAGUUCCGUAUAUUAUUGGCAUCCAGGAUAAGCCCGCUGAUUUGAAAAUAAGAACUACUAAUCUCGUUCUUGUUAAUUUACUUAAGGAUCAGGUCAAAAUGUGUUAUAUGCCAAGACUUCCACGGCAUAGAGAACUCAUCUCUGACUUAGGUCCAUUUCACGCUAGACUUUCAAGUGAAAGUUCAAUUGCGGAAAGGAAUCCUGUAUAUAGGUGCAACGAAGUUCAGGCUGAAGCUGCAACCCAGUUUUUGGAUGUCAUAUGGAGAUACAUGGAGUCGCUUUGUUCAGAUAUGAGGUCACACACGAUCACUAAUGUACAGUCAGAGAGGGUAUCUUUGCUUCUUAAGGAUAGCUUCAUCGAUUCUUUCCCUAGGAGGGACCGACCAUUCAUUAAGCAAUUGGUGGACACACAGCUUUUCAGUGUUCUAUCAGACUCACGUCUAUCAAGCUUCGAGAAUGACUCGUAUUUCUCCGAUGCUUCAAUUUAGCAUCAGUGCGUCACAGGUUGCAAUAGAAGACCUGUUGGUCAUACUUGUUCAGUUGUUCCCCACAAGAAUGUGAUUCUUUUAUGGUGGUUAACAUCUCCAGGAGGAAUCGUCAAUUUAACUACCCAAUGUUCAGAUCGACAAAAUUUUGUGGGCUUUAGGUUACGUGAUACCGGUUGAUCUUAAUUUAAUUGCUUCGAUCAGGUCACUAGUUUCGUUAUUUAUUAGGAUAUAUUAAUGGUCUUGGCAGCAAAAGAUGUGAAUCAUGUGACUGCAAAUGUCGAUUCUUCUCCUAAAGUAUUUGUACCAUUAGCAUCUAAUUGUCUGCUUUUAGUAUUGUUACCUCUGUACAUUUUGACGACAGAAGCUGUCGUAUUCUUGUUUUUUUCU